CAAAGAAUAUAUUGGUGUCAAGUCGCGCACUGAUAUUUUUCUGGGAAAAAUGAACGACCCGAAAUUUGGGAAGCCGGAUGAAAAGAGGAGGUCUACCGUCGUCAGUAAUAAAAGUGACAAGAGUAAGAGGGAACUUCCAACCAGAGGGUACUAUGCAGAGAUACUAACGGAUGACGAUUAUGUCGAUCCUCUAAAAAAAGAAUAUACCGGUGCCCAUAAGAAAACAAAACUGAUAUGGCAGAUAAAGACGGAAAAGCAUACACCAAUCGUGAGACAGAUGGUUACGCCUGCCAAAAAGGCAUUCUUGGCCCCAGCAGAAAGGUGGAUGACGUUCGAUGAAGACAAACACAUAAGUUUCCCUGUGGAUACGUUCAAGCCAAAAGUACAACUUCAACAUGAAGUAGAGCCCAAGACGUUGCCUCGAAACGUUGCUAUUGAACAACUACGGAGAGAGUACCAGGCCCAAAGUCUCAAAAAGUUGCUGAAGAUAAUGAAUGUCACAGCUAAGGAUUUGAUGCCGGUAGAUAUUUUAAGUGCACAUCCUGAAGAGGCUGGACCUACAAACCUUUCAAGGUGGACUAGCUUUUUGCCUUUGGAACUCUUUGAUGAUGAAGAUUACGACGUAAGGACUCCAGAAAACUGGCUCCAGCACGGCGUUAUAGAAGGUGUGAGGUAUCCACUUCCAGGAGAAGCAUAUCUGGAAAUAGCUGAUGAACAUCGCGGAGAAUUUUGCCAUCUUUUCGACACCUAUGGAUGGAUGAAUGUUGCUGUGACAGAUUAUAAUUUCGAAACUAAGAAAUGGGCUGUACUUACGUUAGAUGGACUUCAACGAACUUUUGAGGUGCCUCGUCUAUACGUAAUGUUUAAAGCAGAAGAUCCCAGGAAUUUUGCAAAGAGAGUAGAAGCUGCCAUUAAAUCACGAUAUGACACCGAAAACCUUAUAAGGUUCGAAUUUUUCUUCGAUUGCAUGCCUUUGGAAGGGACACCUCCCAUGAAUGACUUCUUGAUGAAUAGGAUUACCGAACUUAUAUCCAACAGUCUGGGGAAAAAGUGGAUAUUCGGUGAACAUUUUCAAAAGCUAAAAGAAGAGGUUGAACUUAAUCACAAAAGAGCGAUAGCAGAAAUGGAAUUCAGAAACGUAUUUGAGAAAUCUACUGAAUAUAAGUAUUUCAAUGUCCCUCAAAGAGAGAAACCAAGAGAACACAAAAAAGUGGAAACAGGAAUAAGUAACUUCCAGCAAGUCCAAAAAUACUAUGGUUGGUAUAACAUCUAUGUGAUACCAGAAACGUACUUAGCUAUGUCUUAUGUCGUUGGAGAAUGUUUGAAGAUGUCUCAAGUUUCGCUAUUUACCGCAAAUUAUGGAACUAAGUAUGUCACUUUGGAGGAGUUUGAAGCUUUACAGAUUCAGACAACCAGCAUAGUAAUGAAACAGAUGAAAGGCAGCUGGCUAGAAACCUUAGUCUUCAACAUAAGAAUGUGCUUGGGCGACCUUGGCAAAGGAUGGUUUGACAUGAACGAAAAAAACUUCGAAACAUACGAAAUAUCCAAACUCAAACGGUUCAUGGAUCUGGUUAAAUUCAGAAUGCAGCAUACUUUGAGGCUGUUAGUGGAAAAUUCUCUGCAGACCUUCAUAACCUUAGUGGAAACACCCUGUAUACCAUGUUUGGAAGUGGAAGAUGACUUCGAAUGGGGUCGUGAUUUCGUGAACAGCCCUUUUGUUUCAAAAGCUUCCCCUAUAUUCAUAUUACAGUUGAAGAUGAAUGAAGAGGGAGCAUACUAUUCUACUCAACCAGAAUUAUUCAAGAAAGUGAUUUUACGUCUAUUCGACGAAGCUUUGAGACAGACCCAUCAGAUCAAACAGGUACACCCUCUCCUGCUUCCAAACUUACGCUUUCCCAAGGAUCUUAACUUAUCUUCUGUAGGAUUGUUAGCUGAAGAAGUUGUGAGUAUCCGUGACAGAUUCAUGAGAGCCUAUGAUAGAGCUUUAGUACCACUUUUAGCUUACGCUAACGAGUAUAAAGUACACACUGAACUAUAUACUAUGGAUGUAGCUCAAUUUAUAGAACAAUACAAGUCAGAGCAACACACAGCUGUCGAAGUGAAAGAAGAAGUAUCACUGCAUUUGCGCCAUAAAGCAAAUUUGGAAGCAACGUUGCCGACCAAUAUAUUCAUUGGACCUUAUAAUAUAAAUGUAGAGCAACUGAGGCAGUUUCUCAUUGCCAAACGCCAAGAAAUAGCUACUAGGCUCUUGGAUAUGUUUGCUGCUAGAAUGAAGGAGAUAUUUGAGGACAUAUUGGAGGAAUACAGAAAAAUUAUGGUCAAGUUAGCAGAAAAGCCAGAACAUAUAGAACGCAUCCUUGAAAUCCGCGAUUGGAUAGAAACGGUACCAAUGUCUGUAAGAUCUUUGGAUGAAUCAGUGAAGAGAUACCUUCUGGAAUAUGACGUCCUCGAUCACUUUUGGUAUGCUUUACCCAACGAAGAUUUCGAUAACAAAUAUCAGGCGGUGGGCUGGCCUAUGAAGAUUUCUCAGCAAGUGGAGGCAGCUGAUAUCUUCUUGAAAGAAGAAGAAGAACGGUUCUACAAGUUGCAGUUGCAAGACGAAUUCACGCUUCAUGAUAAGAUUGAAACUUUGACAGCACAGGUUGUGCAAAUGGCUCAGCUGAGAGACUUCACGAAGACUCACGAAAUUGCCCUGGACAUGCGGAGGGUUUGGAAGAGUAUGAAGGAAGCUCAAGAAAUGGGACAGCUUCUUAACCAAAGGCAAAAGUUGUUCAAUGUACCAGUUGUGCCAUUUGAUGAUUUGGGUAAACUUAUUAAGGAAUUUGAACCUUACAAGAAUUUAUGGGGCACUGCCUCAGAUUGGUUAAGAGCUUACGAAAUCUGGAUGGACAAUCCGAUCCAAAACAUAGACGCCGACUCCAUAGAGAUGAGCGUAACUGACAUGUACAAGAUGAUGGUACGAUUGAUUAAAAUCUUUGCUGACAUCGAAGCUGUUCAAUCAGUGGCCAGUGAAAUUCGCAAUCAAAUCGAUCAGUUUAAGCCACUUAUCCCAAUUCUGAUGAGUUUGAAAAAUCCGGGCAUGAAACAGCGCCACUGGGAUAAGUUUGCUGAAGACACUGGUAUAGCUUUGGAGUGGACACCAGUAACAACGUUCCAUGAUUGUUUGAAACUAGGCAUAGAGGAAUACGCCGAUAAUAUGAUUAAAAUAGCAGAAUCUGCUACGAAGGAAUAUUCUAUCGAGCAGACACUGAACAAGAUGAUGGAAGAAUGGGAAAAUAAUAAAAUGGAGCUUACGCCUUAUAAAAAUACUGGAACCUAUAUUAUGAAGGUAUCAGACGAGAUCCAGCAAAUGUUGGAUGACCACAUCGUGCUUACUCAACAACUGUCUUUCAGUCCCUUCAAAGGACCAUUUGAGGAAAAGAUUGAUGAUUGGGAAGACAAGCUGAAAAUAACUGCUGAGGUCAUAGAAGAAUGGAUGGACGUACAAAAGCAAUGGAUGUACUUGGAGCCAAUUUUCACGAGUGCUGACAUAACAAGACAGCUUCCUGCAGAGAGUAAAAAGUACAAUUCGAUGGAAAGGACGUGGAAGAGAAUCAUGAGAAACGCACACGAGUGUCCCAAUUUGCUUCUUCAGUUGAUGUUAAAGAACAGUCAAUUGCUUUUUCUCUAAACUACCAAUACCUUGGUUACAACAGAAUGGAAUAAAAUGGAAUAGAAUGGAAUAUAAUGCAAUAUAAUGGAAUAUAAUAGAAUAUAAUGGAAUAUAAUGGAAUAUAAUG